CGUGAUUAGACGUCACAAUUGUCCCUGUUGGUUAACGGGUAAACUGGAAGAAAAAAACAGGCGCUUCUUUUAUAACUUAUUGACUUGAAUAAAACGACUAGCAUGGAGAUUGGGACAGAAAUUAGCAAGAAAAUAAGAGCUGCUAUCAAGGGCAAGCUUCAAGAGCUCGGUGCAUAUAUUGAUGAAGAGCUCCCCGAUUAUAUUAUGGUGAUGGUAGCCAACAAGAAAACAUCCCAACAGAUGGCUGACGACUUAUCCCUUUUUCUCGGCAACAACACCAGUAAAUUCACAGUAUGGCUACAGGGUGUCCUCGAGAAGUUAAGAACAGUUGCAGUCGAGCCUGCAUCCCUCAGCACACCCGUGCCUCAGUCGGACACUGGUAUUGUGGCUGUAAGAAACCGGGCAUCUUUGACUGAGGAAGUCAGAGCAGAGGAGUUAAAGUUGCUGAUGGUGUCCAGCUCCCACUCUGAUAGGACUGAAGCACGCGUGUCCAGUUCCGCUCAUGAAAGCAGGAGAAGCAGCUUGGAGAAAAGUUCCUCUCGUCUAACCUCCACUGUGAAGCCCCUCAUGGAGCCGCUCCCCUUAGAGGCUGUUAUUGAUAUCAAACCAGACAUGGAUUAUGACCUCAUCGCUGAGGAUCCUGUAGAAUCUGCCACCAGCCAUGGACGAGCACGCAGCGCAGCUAGUAGACCCACAGCAGAAAUCUACAGACCGGGUCAGAGCAAGUAUUCAUCAGUAAGCUCUGCGGACUCAUACAGACCUUCAGAAGGAUCCUCUCACUACAGACAGCAGGACAGCAGAAGCAGCAGAACAUCCAGAAGCGGAUCCAGCAGGGAUGAGUUGUCACGGAAGCGUAAGGCGCCUGUAGCGAGUUCAGUGGUGCGGGUGAACAGAGUGGCAGACGAGGACAGCGAUGAUGUGGAAGAGGAGGAUACAGUCUAUGGAGGCAGAGGUCUAUCCAGUAGAGUGUCCCUACCAUCCAAACCAGAACGCAAACCUACUCUCCCUCCAGCCAAGCAAGCCAACAGGAAUCUGAUACUGAAGGCCAUCUCUGAGGCUCAGGACUCAAUCACCAAAACUACCGCCUACCCAACAAUACCACAGAGGCAGACAGUUCCCGUGGCGCCUCGGACUCGCAACGCCAGCACCGAUGAGAUGACUGCAGCCAUCCAGCUGGUCCAGGAGCACCUCCAGAGCCUGGCCCCCAAAGUUCAGGCCUACAACUCAGCAGCGCUACCUCCUUCCAGAGCAACUGCUCCUGUCAGAUCUUUAGCCUCACGCCUCCAGUUGGACCUAGUAGAGAGCAAUGACGGAGCAGAGCAGGGCGAGUAUGGUGUGGAGGUCGCCGCAGCAGGCAGUGACACAAAGCCAUUUGAUACCCGCUCCUUCAUAGUGAGUCGACCACAGCUGGGAGAAGGUACUGCCAAAAGUCAGCAGCGUCCUUUGGCCAAAGGGCUGCAGGCUGCUUUACCACGCAUGGUUCAAGCAGCAAAGACGGGGGGCGACUCUGCCAGCCCUAAGUUCAUAGUGACGUUAGAUGGGGUGCCGAGCCCGCUGGGAAAUAUUGCAGACUGUGAGAUGGAGCUGGAUGAUGUGAGACCGCCCACAAAGGUCACCGAGGCAACUGUCCAAGUCAACAGGCAGCCCAAAGUCAGCAUCCUUCAAAGACUCCAUGGAUAUGUCCCAUCGACAGAAGAUGAUGGGAUGGAUGUUGAGAUGGAGGAAGACGAUGCUGUUCCUAUUAAGAAAAAGAAGGGGAUAGAGCGCUGCAGGUUUUGGCCGGUCUGUAAAAUUGGAGAUGAGUGCGCGUACCACCAUCCAACAACACUGUGCAAGACUUUUCCCACUUGCAAGUUUGGGGACAAAUGCCUUUUCGUGCAUCCUAAUUGUAAAUACGACGGCAGGUGUACCAAGCCAGACUGUCCCUUCACUCAUGUCACCCGAAGGAGCACAGUUGCCCCCCCGCCCAGGCCAGCAGUGCAGCCAGUGCAAACCGCAAGCGUGUGCCGCUUCUUCCCAGAGUGCAAGAAGAUGGACUGUCCGUUUUAUCAUCCCAAGCCUUGUCGCUUCGCGGCAAAGUGUAAACGCUCUGGAUGUACCUUCUACCACCCAACCACAUCUGUGCCUCCAAGACACGCCCUGAAGUGGACAAAGACACAGACCAGCUAAUAAAGUCCAGAAAGUCUGACAGAAGUCUGGCGAUGGUCGAAGUGAAGUUACGGGAGAUGAUCUCUAUCUGUCUAUGGAUUUUCAAUGUUGAAUGGUUUUUUCAUUUUAAUGUAUUGUUUGGUUUGAUUUUCAAGGUGUUUUGUAAAAUGAAACGGUUUUUGUUCAUGCUCUCAGAAUAUAAAAAAACUUCACAACAAACUUUAAA